AUCCCACAAUAAAACUUUGUAUAUUUUGUAUAAUGUAGCAAAGAAAAAUCAUAUGCAUUUCAUUUUAUCAGAAAUUGGCCAUUGGUGCUUCAGAGCAAUUUUUCAUUGUGUGCUCUCAGACCCUGAUUCUGACGUUUUAUGGUCUGAGAAGUGUCAGAUGAAAAAGCUUUUAGUAUGUUGUAAAAUGUUUGCUUUUUUCAAAGCUAUUUUCGAAAAUUAUUUUUUCAACAUCAAAGUUUGUUGCUCGACUUCUGUGCUGGGUUACAUAACAUUUGCUGCAUUUGGGUGGUGAUUUGUACUAGUAUUUGUCUCUACCUAGCAUCCGAAGGUAGUUUUUAGGACACUUAGAAGCUUAUGCUUAUCAAGCAGUGUCCUGGUCCUUCCUCUCAAUGUGACCACACCUUGUGAUUUCUAGGCCUGGAAUUACAGAGAGCUGGCGACUUUCCUCACUCUGGGUGGAAGUUUGGUCAUGCCAGGGACUCGAACCACGGCCCCUUGGGUCUGUAGUCAGCAACUCUAACAACUGAGCCAUCCUUGCACCUGAGGUGGAAUUAAAACUUUUAAACAUGCCAAAAAUAAAUUUAAUGUAUGGUAUUAUGGCGCCCUAGACCCCUUUCACUUCUUUCGCAAUUUUUGAUUUCAUAUUUGCAACAAAAAUAUUUCUUGCAAAUUGCAAUUGAUUUCUUGGUCACUAAACUUGGCCGGGAGGCGUCUGAACGGUAACUCGUUUUCACGAGUAUUUUUCAAAAAGAGGCAGUCAAAGUAGAAACCUUUGGCGCGUUUCCCGUUUAAAAUGGCAGCCAAGAAUCCCUAUCAAAAUGGUAUGUGGACCCCACAUAAAGAGUUGCUGUCCAUGGUGGAGUUUGUUGUUGGGCAAAACAAGUUGGAGUACCUUUCAGACUUGGAAAUGCUUCUGACAAAAUGCAGACCUGCUAUCAUAUCUUUACUUGAAAAUCCAGAGAGGAGUGGGAAGCAGAGAGAAGAAGUAAAAAAUGCACCAAAAGAUGGAAUUCAACUUGAAGGAGGACAUGGUCUGACAAAGCUGUCAGAUUUAUUUGUGACAGAAGCUCUUGCUCUAAGUGAUGCACUGAACUUGAGUGAAUUUGUUUGUGUGGAUCUACUCAUCUCAGCAGAGCAACAGUUGUCAAAUUUUCCUGGUUUGUCAAGGGGAUUGGUGGCUGCCUUAUUAUAUCAUGAUGGAAGAAGAUGUCUGGUCAAUGCACUUAAGUUAUUAUUGACAGCAAAGACAGGGAUGUCAUGGGCAUUGGAACUGGAUCAGCAAAUAACCCAAGCUGUUGAUAAAUUUGCAGAAAAACUGUUUGACGAUGGAAUUAUCAACAAAAUAUUGCAGAAGCUUCGUGAUAUCAGCGUUCAAGGAGAGAUUGAGAAACUUGAUAAAGGGAAGGUCGUUGGAAACCCGAAGCAUAGAAAACAACUAACUGAACUGAUAACAGAACAGCGGAAUUCUCUAGCGGAUUGUUUGUUUUGCUGGGCCUGUCAAUCACCUUUUGGCCAAUCAGAAUGCGUUGCUGUUAUAGAUUUUCUCAAGGAUUGUAUUCCUGAUACAUCUGAUGGAUGUUAUGAUCAUGUUACGCUCAAAGUAAUCCUGUCUUUACUUGUUAGUUGGAGCACCUCUGCUUAUGAAGUCCUUUUGGAGGAGCCGGAAGCUUUGAAAGAUUCUAAGUUCCCUGUAUUUCAAGAUGGCGACUUUGUUUCGAAGCUUCAUCAGGCUGUCAUUCGACCAGAUAAUCAGCAUUGGAGAACUCCUUCGAUCAAAGUGGUUCUCCAGUUUGUGUGGGCCGUUUUUCUUCGAUUUGUGAGACAGUUUGAGAACCUUGACGCAUAUGAAGAAGUUUUUGCAGAAGACGAGGAACUGCUCGAUCUGGCUUUGCAGUCUGAUGCACUUCGAUUGAUAAAAAGCUGUAUUGUUUCUGCAGAUAGCUUCUUUCACGAGGAGUAUUGUGUCAAAACCAUCCAUGGUCUCAUCACGAACACGAUUCUGAAGUAUCCCAUGAAAAUUAAAGACCUUCGAAACCGCGGCGAUGAAAAUGCAAAGAUACUUCAGGCCCAUUUGCAGGAAGGAAUCGAACCGCCGAAGGGACUGAGACACGAUUUCCAAGAUCUUUUAUUGCUGGUUGGGGCUUUGUACAAAAACGAUCCUCUUGGGUUGGAACUCAGCAAGGAUUACUGGUGCCCAGGUGAAACCUUUGGUGGUGUAUUUUCCCCUAAGCCUUUGAGUGCUGUGAAACUUUAUCUGCGACAGAAACAGGUUCUGCUGAACAAAUUCGUUCGUCUCGCCGGUGAUCUUAUUCCACAAGCCGUGUUUACAUCCUACGUCAAAAUGUUAACUGGCCUCUCAACCAAUCAGCAAUCGGCUCAGUGCUGCUUUAAUCUCCUAAACUCAGAUGGAAGUAUCGGUGGAUCUCCAACGUUGACCGCCACUUGGGACCAUUUCUUUCAAUCCUUCAAGCAGUAUUACUCUAGUCUCAGACAGGAUGCUGCCUCAGCGGAGCACCACGCGCACGUUCACCAUCAUCAUAACAUAUCUCCUGAAGAACUGUCAGCGUUGGAAAGUGUCCUUGAGCUGAUUCACAUUGUCGCAGAACACAGUGAAAACGUGAGAAUAGCCUUCUGUGACAACACAUACUGGCUUCCGAUUGCUUCAUUCUUUGGGUUGGUUGGCUGCCCGGUUCCAUCUUCACUUAAAGCAGCUCUCUUGAACACACUAGCAUCAUUUGCAAAAUCACCUGAAAUCUCUGCUAUAAUCUGGCAAUCAUUAGAAGCGACUCAGAUUUUAGCAACUGUAUCUAAAGAUGCAACUGGCAAGCAGGAGACUGGACUCAAAGUGGAGUUAGAAGAGGUUGAGUCCAGAGAUGAAACGUACCCUCAAACUCGAGCCUUUUUGCGACUAAUAAACACACUGACAGAAAUCACCAUACCAACCACCCUUGGUGCUGGGUAUCGUGUUCCUGGUUUCAUUCCAUACUUGGAUUUUCUUCGAGACAACGUGUUCUUGCGUUUUAAAAGCAGAGCAUACCAAAACCCUUCUGAAAAGUGGAUGGUUGCAAAAGAAGUAUUAGAGAUUUUUGCUAAGAUUCUGAGAAACUAUGAGCCACUUCCUGAACAGUUCGUGGAGCAAAAUGUUGAAAUUCAAGGUGUCAACUUUGGCAAGGCUGCAAAGCAUCCUGGGCAUGAGAUUAUGUUGCAUAUGUUGAACGACACUCCGAUGUUUCGUCUGGUAAUGAACAUUAUUGAUAUUCUUUGGAAGGAAUUCGAUGAGGCUAAUGAUGGGAAUAAAGCGAACGAAGAAAAAGCGGUAUUUUAUUGUCUGAAGUUGAUCGAGUAUACCCUGGAAAAGCAGACGAAAUUCAACGCCAUGUUGAGAAACCAAAACUCAUCCGUCAUGGUAACGCCAAUCGAAAAGCUCCUUCUUAGCAUAAAUCCAAGCACCGCAGAAGCUGAUUAUCCCUACAAAAUUGCAAGAUUUAUGACACUGAACAACGUCUCGCCAGAUCUGACAUUAGCCGUCGUCCGAAUCCUAUGUGUCAUGAACCAGUCUCCGGACAUGCAAAAUGAGAUCAUAGGAAUUUUGUCUUCAAGGAAGAUCGAGCGCGAUCAACUUCUUGUUGGAUUUUGUGAGUUUUUGGAGCAAGACAUCCCCGAAGAAAUUGGUCGAGACAGACAUGUGUCGUUUGAUAAUGAUGAUGGUCUUCAAGACACCGAUGCCUCAGUCAGGAAUGCCAUUAGGCAUAAUAUCCUAAACUUGCUGCUAUCAACAUUGCAUCAGCCAUCACCAAACUUGGCACAGUUCCUUUUGGGGUUUGAUCUACAGACAGGCGUUUCAAAAACUGUUUUUCAAGAUGCAGGUGUUGCCAGAUUCCCAAAGACUUGCUUCCACUCGAUAAUUUCGCUUCUGAAUAACGGCCUGGAUACACCCAAUGGUCCAUCAUGCAUUUCAGAGACACCGAUGCUAGCGGAGUUGAUGUACCAACUCAUUUAUUUCUUGUGCGCACAUCCCGAGACAGGAGUACCAUGUCAAAGGUACCUGAGGACCAAUCAUGAUUUCUUCGCCGCUCACGCUGCCCGAUUACCGUUUCUAAGACCCAGUCUCCUUAGUGAGGACAACACUGAAUUGUUCAUUCUGCUGUCGAAUCAACAGUCUUGGUUCAUGAAAACAAUUGCGAUCGAGAUUAAAGUUGCAUCCCAGACGAGGCUAAGAUCAAGCAUGAUUCGACUUUUGGAUCUUCUCUACGGUCAGCAAAAUCAACGGUCAAGACAUGACCAUUUCCAAGUACCAAAUCCGGACCCUGCAUCGGCUUACAAAGGAAGACCACAAGGCGGCCCUCACAAUAACUUGGCCAGCGCUGUACUAAAUGACCUUGAACUGACUCAAGACUAUCCCUCGCCCUAUACAUCGAACAUGUUUCAGCUUUCUGCUGUCGAGCAGCUGAUUGCGUCGUGUGAAGAGAGAUCAGAAGACACGGGCAUUAUCAUAUGUAACGUCAAAAUGCUCCACCGUGUGGUUAUGGCUGAGUUGAAUAGUGCGCAGGGAAUGGCCAACAUCGGACAGCGCCCUGAAAUUCUUAAGGAGGUGGAGGCCAUUCUCGCAUAUGCGGUUGAAAGGAAUUCCGUUAGAAGAUCAUUGGGUGCCAAACGACAUGCAUUCGAGGCUUGGAGACAGGUUGUUGAAACCUCAUUUGCAAUUUGCCAAUACGAUGUUUUCCCUGCUGAGGCUAGAGUGCCUGUUAUUUUGAACCUUCUACAAGAUAUGAUCGCCAAGGUAUCAAAUGAGAAUGCCAUCCCUGAAUUGCUGGUCCCAGUUGCUGGUGCCAUUCUGAUGCUGAUGGCCCAAUACCACAACGUCGCUGUUCAGCUGGCAUCGUCAAGUGAUGGUCCAGUCAGAUCAAGGAUGGAUAUGUCCCAUUUAUUUCGAAUUUUUCAAGGCAUUGUCAACUGCCUUUGCUCGGUUGGUGCCUCAAAUUUCAAGACUAGAUGCAGUUUUUAUGGAGCAAUUUUAUAUUACAUGCAGAUAGGAAAGCUUCAUACAUCAGUAAGAGAGAAAGGAUCUUCAAACAUCUUUGGUCCAGUUUCGAAAGAAUCAUGGGAAGCCAAUACACUGUCGUUUCUAGCAAAACAAGGAGAGUCGUUCAUGGAUAUGGUAUGCAGAGAUGCGUGCAACGGUCCCGAAAUAGGAGAGAUGUUAGCAUUUGCAGUGCUAGACUCCAUCGUCAGCAUUGAUUGGCAAGAGCGCUGGUCCGGCUUUCUAUCGUCACGUGGCUACUUACGUCAUCUAGUUGAGAGUAUACCCAAAGACGACACGAAGCUUCUCGCUGUUUUUUCAUCCGACGGUGAUGCAUUGAAAACGGUUUACACUCUUGAAUCAAAAUUGGAUUUCUUAACAAGAUUUGCGAAGAGUGAGAUUGGCGCCCAGAUUCUUUUGCAGUGCGGACUGACUUCAAAGCUGAUCGAGUGUGAGUUCAUUGACCACAGACCCGACGACUCUAAUCUCGCUUUACAUCUCACCUCGUUUGCAUACAGCCAACACUACGACCCCUUGUCACCCAGUAAAAUGGAGCAAUAUCGAAUAGUUUUGUCAGCAGUUCUGAGACUCAUUAAAGCCAUUGUAUCGUCACUAGGCCCAGGCCACCAAGAGUUUAUCUCCCAACUACAAGAGUUCAUUUUAGCCCACGAGGAAGCAUUCCUAGACAUACUGCAAGCGAAGACCCCGUGCAAAACUGUCCAGUGCCUUCAGGAACUUUCUCUUGUGACGUCAGUAGUCUCUUUGCUCAGGCCAAGACGCGAGGAUCACAAGGACCCGGAAUCCGUUGGUGAGGAUGGGCGACGCAUGCGAAGUUCUCAAGUAAAAAUUCAGAGGGUUCUGCUUGGCCUAAUGCAAUCAUUUUCAUCGAAGGAGUAUUGUAAUGAGAUCACGAAGACUUGUGUGGAGAGGGACAGUAGCAACGACGCCUUUGAGCAAGCGACCUCUGUUAGCGAGGUGACAACUGCUACCGUACGAAGAAUUCUUCUGCAAAUCCGAUCAAACUUAAUAAGCUACGCUAGGAGUGUUGUCUCAAGCUUAGGUUUAACUGGAGCUUAUUGCAAUGUCAUCUUUUCGCCUGUUUUGAUUGAUAUAUCUGAAAGUAAAAAGAUGGGGCACCAUGACGUCUCAAUCAGGCAUGGAGCCUCUAAAAAGGCAUCAAUGAGCGUUCUUGUGGAGGAGCUUGACCGCGCUGUUGAUGACGUGAAAGCGGUAAUUCAUGCAUACAUGAAGUAUCAAAAAAAGAUAGAAGAGAUUGAAGAUUUAUCAGGAGACGAGACCUCGCAGCUCCUCUCUCAAGAAAAUGUUGUUGAUAUCGAUCGCUUGUCAAACCAGCAGAGAAGAAUUAUUGCAAGAAAAAUUUUACAGCAGUUGGUUGACCUGAAUGACGACCAAGCUUGUCUCAAUAUUCAAAUAAUCGAAAACAUUUUGUAUGUUUUAUGGCGUCAUGUUGAAUACUACUUCAUUCAUUGCGAGCCAGUUCAGUUUGAUGAAAUUGAAUUUGAACUACCAAAACUACCAACUAUUAGGGCACGAAGAUUGCAAGAUAUCACUUUGAGUCUUGAUUCAUCCUUUGGUAAAAAAAACAAACAGAGCUCGUCAGUAAACAUGGGAAAAUUUAGUGUCACGAAAGAAGAAGUGAGGCAGUUAAAAGUUGAGGCCAAGUCAGUCUUAACAGACAAAGUGAUGAAAAGUGUUCUUGAGGCAGAAUCUCUCUACGGAAAGACAAGAUCAAGAGUCCAGUUCAUAUCUGCAAUGGUCAGAAGAAUCCAAGGACUAGUGAAGCUCCACAGCUCAUAAACAACAUUCUAUCCUCAGCAAUUCUCGUUGUAAUUGACUCUUUGAAAAUUAAGACGAGUUGCGGACUGCAGAAUCAGCACAUUAGAGUACCCAUUUACAAACUGCUUUGACAAAAAACAGUUGUUUCAACAUGGGUCUUCGAUGUAAAGUCGAAAGCUUCCAUUUAAAUUAUUCAGUGUCAUAGUUUUAUGCAAGUCUCAAAUCAUAGCCCGCAACAUCCAUGCUUCAUUAUAUCCAGCAAGAAAACCAGCGCAGUAUUUAACAACCAGCAAAUGAACCCAAAAUUAUUUCUAGAUGCCCAUCUACCCUUCCGCCUUUUCUUCACGUUUUUAUCCUAGCCCAAAGUUAUGUCCCUCUGUCUCCAGGAUCACUUGUCUCUUGAGCCUGUGUUAGUUAUUCUUAAUCGCCUCCUCGCUGCAUCGAGGCUCGCUGUGGAUACGAGUCUCCUCCAAUUAGGAUUUCCAUGACUACAUUCUCCUUGCAAGCCAUAAAAACUUUACAAUGCCCUAGAAGGUUCCCUCUUUGAUUGAGAAAGUCCUUGGUUUUGCAAUUUUUGAACGCUGAAAAAAGAUGCCCUAAGUAAGAUUAUAUGAAUCUAAAUUUUCAGCGUUAUCCGUAUUUGAAAGAAAUGCUGAUUGAGCAUAAGUCAAUAUAUGAUUUCAUGUAGUUCUUUCGUAAAAAUGUUUUCGAAAAACAAGACUAUUGUGUUCCUUAUGUUCUAGAAUUUUAACUUGUAAACAGUGGGACGGAGGCUAAUGCUUUAUGUGCCAAAGUAUUUGUUGCAUUUGACCAUUUUAUUGUUAAGUCACCUUUAUUGGCUAAUGACGAUUAUUUUUGAAAAUUUUCGUUUUCUGUUUGGAGAAA